GUUGAAUGCUAUUCAGUGUAGUUCACGGACUAAAAUAAAAAAAUUGGCCACCGUCUAUUCCAAUUCAUUUCUGUCUUGACCUCUCCAUUUUCUUUGAGUUCUUGAGAGGAGGGUUUCAUUCAUGGAGUCAAAACAGACAAGUUUCAGAAUUCUUAUGUUCCCAUGGUUAGCUCAUGGACAUAUUUUCCCCUUUCUUGAAUUAUCAAAGAAAUUACUCUCAAAGAAAAACUUCACAAUAAGCUUUUGUACCACACCCAUCAAUAUUGAUUCAAUCAAGAACAGUUUGCAGAAAAAAUUAUCUGAUUUGUCAGUAGAAUUUGUAGAACUCCAUUUACCUUCACUACCUGAACUUCCUCCACAAUAUCAUACAACCAAAAAUGUCCCACCAGAUCUUAUGCCAACACUUAUGCAGGCUUUUCAGAUGUCAAGUUCAAGCUUCUCCAGCAUCAUCAGCAACUUGAAGCCUGACUUGCUGAUAUACGACGGGUUCCAGCCCUGGGCUGCCAGACUUGCUUCAUCACAAGGUGUUCCUGCCGUUCUCUUUUCUAUUUCUGGAGCAACACAGUUUUCAUUUUUUCAUCAUAUUCAUACACAUGGGAAUGCUACUAAUUUCCCUUAUCCUGCAAUAUAUUCUCGGGAUUACGAACGAAAGGAUCUGAAAGCUCUAGGAGAAUCAAUAAAAGUUAAAGAUGCAGACGAAGGUUUUGCAUUUGGGAUAUUCAAACAAUCUCGUGACAUUGUUUUGGUCAAGACCUGUAAAGGAAUAGAGGAAAAAUACAUUGAUUAUCUCUCGAUCUUGUGCCACAGAAAAAUAGUUCCUGUAGGCCCUCUUGUUACAGAUACUAAAAACGAAGAGGAAAAUUCAGAAAUCAAGAAAUGGCUGAGUACAAAAGAUCAGUUUUCUACUGUGUACAUUUCCUUUGGCAGUGAAAAUUACUUGUCCAAGGAGCAGAUGGAAGAAAUUGCAGUAGGGUUAGAGUUAAUCAAUGUAAACUUUAUAUGGGUUAUUAGAUUUCCUGCUGGAAAUGAAGUAAGAGUUGACGAAUUCUUGCCGGAGGGAUUCCUUGAAAGGGUGAAAGAGCGGGGGAAAAUUCUGCAGGGAUGGGCUCCACAGGCAGAAAUCUUGGCACAUUCAAGUAUUGGUGGUUUUAUGAGCCACUGUGGGUGGAGUUCUGUCAUUGAAACCAUUUAUUCUGGGGUUCCACUAAUAGCCAUGCCUUUGAAACUUGAUCAGCCUAUAAAUGCUAGAAUGGUGGUCGAGGCUGGUGCAGCUGUCGAGGUCGUGAGAGAUGACGACGGACGGUUUAGGGCGGAAGAGGUGGCAAAGGCUAUAAAAGCGGCGGUUUUGGAGAAGAGUAGUGGGGAAAGUUUAAGGACUAAAGCUAUGGAAUUGAGCCAGAAAAUGAAAAUGGAGGAAGAAGAAGCCAUAAAUGAAGCAGCGGAUCAGCUAUGGCAGAUUUGUACGAAGAAUCAUGAUAUUGUGCAAUUUUCUUGAACAUCUCAGCUCAGAGAAAUAAAGGGUGGAGAGUAUCAAAGCAAAAUUCUUAUGUUCCUAUGGUUGGCUCAUGGUCAUAUAUUCCCGUCUUGAGCUAGCCAAGAAACUAUCACAGAAAAACUUCCACAUGUAUCUCUGUUCUACAGCAAUCAAUCUAACUUCAAUCAGUAAAUCCACUGAAAAUAACUCCGGCGAUUUCUCAGUACAACUAGUCGAACUCCAUUUACCCUCAUGGCCUGAACUUCCUCCCAGUUACCAAACAACCAGAAACGUGCCUCCAGAUCUUAUGCCGAAGCUCCAUGAGGCUUUCCAAUUGUCACGCUCCAGCUUUGCAGAGGUCAUCAAAACCAUAAUGCCUGACUUGGUCAUAUAUGAUUUAUUCCAACCAUGGGCUGCCACACUUGCUUCAUCACCAGGUAUUCCUGCAGUUUAUUUUGCCACUUCAGGAGCAGCGGCAAAUUCUUUUUACCAACAUUCCACUACUUAUGGGAAUGAUACUUUCCCUUAUCAGGCAAUCUAUCUACGGGAUUACGAAAGAAUGACUAUAGACGUUCUACUCAAUAUUGAAGAUUCAGGUGAAGACUUUCCUUUUG